UUCCGCCUGUAUAAAACGAGAAGUUCGCGUAAAAGAAAAUACAGAUGGAGAAGGCUAGCCGGCUCGCUGUGUCACAGAGAGUCCCCUUAAGCCUACGUGACAACUCACAUACUGUCCCUUUGUGACCAGCUUAAUCGGCAGAAUGCCCGGUCUCUGUGUGCUUUGUCUCGCCGCCGCGCUGGCUGCGUUCGCCCGGCUCGCCGGCACGGUGGGGCCGGUGGUCCGAUGUGAACCGUGCGACGCCGGCGCGCUGCUCCAGUGCAAGCCGCUGCCGAAGGACUGCGCGGAGCGGGUGAGGGAGCCCGGCUGCGGCUGCUGCAUGACGUGCGCCCUCGGUGAGGGACAAGCGUGUGGAGUGUACACGGCGCGCUGCGGCUCCGGCUUGACCUGUCAGCACCAGCCGGGGGAGAGCCGACCCCUGCAAGCUCUGCUGGAGGGACGGGGAGUGUGCUCCAGCGCCGUGUCCAAAAAACUCAACGGCAUUCUCAUACCGACGCGAAAGCAAGAAAAUUCUGGAAAUCAGGUUGAAGAUUGUGCCAACGUGACCCAGACGAUGACGGUGUUGCCUGGUGUAGCCACUGUGAAGGGUGGACACAGUCGGGGAUCAAUGGACACCAGGCCUCCGCUGCACAACAAGCUGAUCCAGAAGGAACAGAACAGGAAGACGCAGAGCUACAAGGUGGAAUCAGUGUCAGGAGGAGCCAAUAUGGACAUGCACAACUUCUCCCUGGAGAACAAGAGGGAGACUGAGUAUGGGCCGUGUCGGCGGGAGAUGGAGAGCAUCCUGAACAGUCUUAAAAUCAGCAACGUGCUCAACCCGAGAGGCUUCCGCAUACCCAACUGUGACAGAAAGGGCUUCUACAAGAAAAAACAGUGCCGUCCAUCCAAAGGCAGGAGGCGGGGUUACUGCUGGUGUGUGGACAAAUACGGGCAGCCUCUGCCUGGCUACGACGGCAGGGAGCGGGGUGAGACGCAGUGCUACAACCUGGAGAGCAAAUGAGAGGACGGAGGGACGACGAGUGGACGGAGAGAAGAAGACAGCGUAAGGAGAGGAGAAGGGAGAAAGAAAGAAAGAAAGAAAGAAAGAAAGAAAGAAAGAAAGAGCUCACUUUGCUCUUGCAUGUAGUUUUAUGUAAACAUUUGAAGGAACUCUGGACCUUUGGUUUCAGGUCCCAUUUCUGUUGGAGAGGGAGGGAGGGAGAGAACAAGGGGGAGGUGAGGGGGAAGGGGUGGAGCACAGCCUCCUGUCCAUCACAGCUAUCUGUCCUGUGCUUAGGGAACCUCUGUCCUUUCUUUAAAAAAAAAAAAUAAUAAGAUAAAGCUGAAAGCUUAGACAGAAGGGGAAGAAAGAGAGAAUCCUAUCAUCUGCACUAUUCUUUUAGAGAGAGAGGAAGGAGGGACUUUUCCACUCACUUUAAAGAGGACUUGUUUGUGACUGUGACCCCAAAAAAAUGCACCAACUUUGUUUCUAAUGUGUGUAUCUGUCCGUGUGUGUAUAACCAUGAGUCUGUACGUGUGUUUAAUGUCUGAGCGCCUACAUAACAUACAUGUGCACAGCUGCAUGUCUGUGCAAGAUGGCGUGAGUGUGUGCUUUCCCAAAAGUGUUUAUUUGUCUAGAUACUAUAAGUCACUCAGACUGCCCAUCCCCAGGCCCUGCUCCAUUUAACAAUGCAGACUAAAACGCUCUCUGGCUCAGGGUCCAAUUGAAGUGAAGGAUUAUGGGAUGGCGGGGCUUUGACUUUUUUUCAGCAUGAUCACCAACACUGGUCUUCCUUGCUGACUCGAGCUCCUUGUCACUCCUCGGCGGGGCAAAGGGAACAAAGGCAAACCGUGCAGUUACAGUGCCUUAAAAAACAACCUUUCAAUGCCUCCCCUCCCCUUCAGCCUCUUCAGUCAUCGAUCGAAGGAAUACUUCACUGAAGCGUACCUUGUUAGUUUCAGGUUGGCAAAUUUGUAGGUCGCACUGUUGUUGAGGACAGCGGUUGCAGUUUUAGUGUGGAUUCACAGCUACAAUGAUUUAAAGCUUCUGAAACCACUUGCACAGUGUAGUUCACUUUUUUACCGUUGAUCCAGCUUCAGAAGAGUUCAUACAUGUGCUACUUCUAACAGAUUGGGACCUGUUAGGUUGCAAGAAUGUAACAUGGAAGUGGUGUAUUUAGACACAUUCAGGAGAAAACAGUGUUGGAAUACUAGAAAUCUGCAGGGAGGUUAGCUCAUUGGCAGCUGUUUUCUGGACUGGAAAAGCAGCCAAGCUAAUCAGAGUUAUGUCUUCCUGUGUGAGAGGCAGAAAAAUGGCAGCAGAAGUGAAUGAGACUGACGCCAUGAUACAAAUUGUUCAACUUCUUCUAGCAGCAAUAACUCCAAAAUUGAUACAUUUCUUCUGUCGAUGUAAAAAGCCAACCAAAUGAAAGUUAUGACAUUUCUUGCUUCUAUUUCCAAGCAGAAAGUGAAUAUGCUGGCUCAAAUGGAUAAAACAAUGUCAGACUAAGUAGUGAAGUGAAACAUGAAAUGAAUAAAAUGAAAUACUGCUUGUUUUCACUAGUGUGGUUAGAUCUCACACUCAGCUAAGACCCACACUAGCAACAAACAGAAGUUGUGCAAUCAUCCCUGCAAAUGGAGCAAGCUACAAACUCUUCAGAACUCCCCUUCAUGCUCACAGAUUUAAUGUUUGGUACCUGGGAGACUGUUUUUCAGUGGAGUAUUCCUUUUAAGUGCCCUGUAGUUUUAGAGAUCAGUUUGGUUAGAUUAGGCUGCCAUCUGUCUCCUUCCCACCUUCUGUUGAUCCUAUGUCUCCCUUUUCUUUGUCUGCGUCUCUGCCCUGCUAUCGUUUGCCUUCAUCCCCAUCCUUGUCCCUCGUGUGUCACAGCUCUGGUGCAGCUGAGGUCCUUCAGUCUUUCAUGUGACCACCUCUCCCCGUCCAAAAGUUGUCCUCAUGUCUGUGCCUAACCCUGUCCCUGUCUCCGGCCGUCUGACCCAAACUGUUUGUCCUCACUCCAGCACCCUGCCCAUCUCCGGUCCUCUUCCUGUCAGUGGUGCUACCUGGUGUAGGCUUGUUGGAACGGGGUGAGUCCGGUGUGACCGUUUCGCCCCACUGCAGGUGCCAGCUGCCCCUAUGCUUCAAGCACAAGCACUUAAAGCACUUUAGCUGCGCUGCUACUCGUCAAUGCAUGCAGUUAAAGACAAUUGGACCUAUCUGCAUCUGCAUACCUUUCCUCAGAGGUAAUGUUAGAUGAAACAGCAUGAUAUUGUAGGAAAACAAUAAUAACCCAGGAAGGAGAAAAAAAAGUAAAGAAAAAAGCUACACCAGGACUUCUGACAGCAAACUUAGCGAACGCCCCUCAGAAAUUCUUCAUUCAAUGCAACUAUUUUCUUUUUUGUUGUUGUUGUUUUUGUUUCUUUGAAAAAAUGCUUGUAUGAUCGUAUGCCAACAAAUCUCCACAAGGUGGACAUAGCACCAAAUAUGCAUUCACACAAGUGGUAGGGGGUCUGAGGGAGGAGGCGUGGUCCUCCCCGAGGAGCUUCCUGCCCGAUGCUCUCCCAUAUCCUGUGUAAAGACUUGAAAAGUGGAGAGAGUGCCGACAGAGAAUGCUCGCCCAGUAGCUUGGUAGCAUGACAUCGGCUAUACACUUCCUCUAAUAGACAGCAGCAACUUACAACCAGCCUGUUGGUGCUAUAUCCCAUCUAUUCAAAGACUUGAUGUAAGGGGAGGAACAUACAUAAAAAUAUGUUUAAGCUAUUCCCUCCCUAAUAUUUGUAAGUGUGUCUUUUUAUAUAUUAUUAUUAUUAUUAUUUCCUGGCCAGCUAUGUGUCUGACUAGACAUCAUGUACAGUACUUAAAAAUAAAAAUUAUUUAUCUAAGAAAGAAUUAUAAGCUGAUCCAAACUAGGUUUUCUUAUGAACAAUUCAGUGACUCACAGAUUGCACAGCAAAGUCUAUAGGAUUCAGUGUAUUUUGGGGAAUAUAAUCACUAAUGAAUGUUUUAUUUUUUAAUGAACCUUUUCCUUCUGUUGCUGAGCAGUGUCUUUGGUAAGCUCCGUGCCCAGCAGGCCACUUCCAGCCUCGGGCAAAUCUGUGUCAGUCAGGCACUCAGGUUUCUGGUCAUCUUAGUUCACUGCUUCUUAAGGCCAGUGAACCUCUCACUAAGUCACUUCUCUCCAUGCACACCCAGCCAUCCCGCCUCAGUCUGUUCAUGCAGAGCCAGAGUCACAUUUCUGUAACGUCACUUUUUAUUUUUCCCUGCUGGUCACAUUAAGACUCUCUCUGUUCACGGGUAAAUGUAUUAUGUCUUUCAUUUUAACUUUAUCCUUCAAAGAGUUUUUUUGUUUGUUUCAAGCUUUUCAUGAUAAUAAACUAGAAAUCACACAGCUAUUAUUUUCUUUGAGAAAGGAAAUGAUUUUGAUUCAAAAUAUAAUUUGUAUUUAAUGUCUUUUUUUAAAUAAAAAGUGAACACAUUUUAA